UUUGCAUUAUCGCGCGUUGUUGUUGCGAAAUAUCUCAAUUUUAUUAAACAAUUUAAAAAAAAACUGGUUAAAAUGACUACUGAAUCGAAUAUUGAUGGUAAUGAUGUAUUGCGUAUAAUGAUAUCAACUGAUAAUCAUUUAGGCUAUGGAGAAAAGGAUGCCGUGAGAGGAGAAGACAGUUUUCUCGCUUUUGAAGAAAUGUUGGAGUUAGCCGUCCGCGAGGACGUGGAUUUUAUUUUGCUGGGAGGUGAUUUAUUUCAUGAUGCAGUGCCCAGUCAAAAUGCAUUGCACAAAUGUAUGAAACUCUUAAGGAUGUAUACGUUUGGUGACCGACCAAUUACCGUGGAGUUUUUAAGUGAUGGGAGUCAAAAUUUCCAUAAUGCCGUUAACGAAACGGUCAAUUAUGAAGACCCGAACUUAAAUAUUUCUAUACCUGUAUACUCUAUACAUGGAAAUCAUGAUGAUCCUAGUGUUUUUGGUGGCCUAAGUUCGUUAGAUUUACUAUCGACCACGGGCUUGGUGAACUAUUUUGGCCGUUGGACGGAUUUAACAAGAAUUGAUGUUGCUCCAGUUCUAUUAAAGAAGGGAGACACUAAAUUGGCCCUCUAUGGUCUAAGCCAUAUACAAGAUAUGCGUUUGGCGCGUCUUUUCGAAAGCCGCAAAGUCCAUAUGCAAGUUCCAGAGGGUGGUGAAGGUGAAUGGUUUCAUUUAAUGGUUUUACAUCAGAAUCGUGCAGACCGUGGUCCUAAAAACUACUUGCCCGAAGAAGCCCUGCCAGAUUUCCUCAAUUUAGUAAUCUGGGGUCAUGAACAUGACUGUCGCAUAGAGCCGGAGCAUAAUGUCAAACGUGAUUUCUAUGUUUGUCAACCGGGUUCGACCGUGCCCACUUCUUUGGCUGAGGGUGAAUCUUUGCGCAAACAUGUGGCAGUUUUGGAAAUAUAUAAAGACAAGUUUCAAAUGAAACCCAUACCACUUAAAACGGUACGACCUUUUGUAUUUGAAUCUGUCAAUAUAAUGGAUUUGGCUGCAGAGCUCCGAUUAGAUGAGGGUGAUGCAUCCAACAAGGUUCGGGCUAUGGCUCAGGAGAAAGUGGAGGCCAUGUUGGAAAGAGCUAAGGAUUUACUAACAGGUCAUCCAAAGCAACCGACGCUGCCCUCAAUUCGAUUGCGUUUAGUAUUCACGGACGAAGAACAAAUGUUCAAUGGAAUACGUUUGGGGCAAAUGUUUAAUGAACGCGUUGCCAAUCCUGGCGAUAUGAUACUUUUUAAGAAAUUAAUAAAGAAGGAGAAAAAAGAAAAAUCAAAUUUUGAUAAAGAGGAAAUGAAAAAUCAAUUUAAGAAAAUGGCAAGAGAAUCGGCUGCUCGUGUAGAGGAUUUGGUGGAGCGUUAUUUCAAUGAGGUAGAUGAUAGCAAGGCUCUCAAAGUUCUAUCCACAAAAGCAUUAACCGAAAUCUGUCAUCAAUUGGUUGAUCGUAGAGACAAUAAUGCUGCCGACAAUUUAAUCAGGUCAUAUAAAGUAAAAGCUGUUGAGUAUUUAAUGGAUAAAAUGCCGGCAGAAGAUGAGCUGGACUCGCAAUUGACACAAUUUAAAUUAAAUGUAACAUCUGAUGACAUUUUAGAAAUGUUAAGUACUACGCAUAUAAAUACUGCUACUAAGACAUCCUCCAUUAUUUCGGGUAAUUCCAAUUAUAACAAUGAUGAUGAUGAAAGCUCCGAUGAAGAUGAUGAGGAAAUCCCUGUUAAACAGACUCGUUCAUCGGCAUCUGCUGCUACCUCUAGAGGUGGUCGUGCCAGAGGAAGGGGAGCUAGAGCUGCACCCCCUAAAACUACAGCUUCGAAUAAUGCGAAUACAUCGCGAUCUCCAGCUGGACGAUCUAAUAAUAAACAUAUUAUGCCGGCGUUGGAAACUUCACGCGCCACACGCUCUUCUCCCCGUAAGCAGGCAACAUUAUUCAAUAUGGUGGGUUCCAGAUCUAAGCAAAAAAUUUAUGAAGUUUCUGAUUCCGAUUCUGAUUAAAUUUGUCUAUCAGAUUGCAUAUGUUUGAUUCAUACUUAUAAGAACUAUUUUUUACACGAAAUAAAAAAGUAUUCCAACGAGAUUUUUUUCUCGAAUUUUAACAUAUACAUUUUUAAAAUUAACGCUAAUUAUUGAGUACAUUUCCAGUUGAUUGAAUACGAAGUAUUGUUCCAAUAAACCAAAUUAUAAUAUAACAAUAUCAUCUAAGUGAUAUAAACUAUAAUAUAUGAUAUCGGAAUUCUCGUAUCAUAAACGAUAGAAUUUACGAACUAAAUUGCACCUUAUGAUUUCGUUUUUCCAUGAAAUUAUGAUAUUGUAUUCAUAAUUAAACAAAUUUUGGUAAAAUCGCCAUGCUACAGAUUUUAUUCUGAAUGCUAAUUAAAUUUUUUUCUGUUUUACUACAAAACCUGAAAAGAAAAUAUAACAAAUCUCAUUCAUAUCACAUGUGCAUAUUUUGUUGCAAAUAUUUGAAAGCUUUAAAACAUGAAAAAAGGUUAGCUAGUUUAUUACCCACAAUUUAAAUGAUUUAAUAUUCAUUUAGUUUUCAUUUUUCGUAUGAUUGAAAAUUUUUAAUUUAAAUUAUUUUUCUGUUUGUAAUUUUUUUGUGGUUUAUUUAUUUUAUUAGAAGCAAAACGUUUGAAAACGAUAUUAUGAUAAUAUGGUUUCUAUAAUAAAAUAUGAUGUUAUACAUACAUAGCUAUCAUAUCGUUCUCUGGUUUAUUGGAAUUCUUCUACAAUUUUGUUUUUUUUUUUCCAAAUUUUUCUUUAAAAAUAAUUUAGUUAUACAACAGUACUCCUCUUUUAAAUUUAAUAAUUAUAUAAGGUUUGUGGUAUUUACUAUGUAAUAUGUUUAUGAAAAUAUUUUUUUUUUAAAUUGGAAUUCUAACAUAUGUAGCAAGCAACAUUUAAAUACUUUGAUUUAAUUUAAUUAAAAAUUCAAUAAAACUCUCAAAUUAAAGGUAAAUAAGAUAAA